AUGAACACCCAUUUAGAAACUGCUGCUGAUAACGUAACUGAUGACGAAACUGACGGACCGAACGCUUCACAAAGACCACGAGCCGCAUCUAACCGCGCCGCGAUUAAACCAAGAAACAACUACAAUGAAUAUCAAGGCCUCGAAGCAGAUAAGGCCAUACGAACUGUCGAGACAUUACGAGGUCGAGAUGACGUAGGCGUUGAAGAUUUCAUUUUAUCGGUCCGCAAAGCAAGAGCUAGGUGCAAGUUCGAAAGGAUUACCGACAACGCGAAACGAAACAUACGAUAUCUAAAAAUCAACUCGUUCGAAGACUUAUAUUCAGGCUUAAGACAACACGUAUUGACACCAACAACUAUUAGCAAUUGUAAGGACAAAUUAAAGAAUUUAAAACAAGGGGCAACAGAAAGUGUACAAUCUUUCAACUCCAGAUUCCGACAACAGCUAAACGAAUUAAAUUACGCAGUUCAAAACGAAAACCGCACACCAACAGAACGACGCGUAGCUAUAGAUAUUGAAGAACGCGAAGCACUUAAAACCUAUUUGCUCAACUUACGAUACGAGAUAGGACAGAUGGCAGUAUCUAGCGAUCCAAAGAACCUGAACCUUGCCCAACAACUAGCAGCCGACAGAGAACAAUGGUUACGAGAAGCAAAUCCUGUCGCCAACCGCCCAAAGAAUCAAUCUCACAACACUACAGUAUCCAAGCGAACUACUACCGAUCCACAACCACAAUCUUUUGCUCAGCUACCUAGCCGACCAUUAGACGACCGCAUGAAACCGAAGUGUCCGAAGUGUUUACGAACUGGACACACAGCCGAAAACUGCCACUCUCGAAAUUUUCCAUUCGCCAACCAAGGAAAGAUUCCACCCCGAGUAAACCAAACAACAGAGAACCCAGAGGAAGCUUACCUCGAGUCAACUGCACCACCACUGGAAGAUUACUAUCAAUCGUACUGCAACGAAGAGACGGAGGAAGAGCCAGAUUCCUCAUCGAUACCGGAGCAGGAAUCAACCUUAUAAAAGA